GCAUAUAAACCACCAGCCGGCAUAUCCUUCCCCACUCUGCCGGCCACAAGCCACGGAAACACAGGCACCAUGUCCAUCCAGAAGAUACAUGCCAGGGAGAUCCUGGACUCCAGGGGUAACCCAACAGUUGAGGUUGACCUGUAUACAGCCAAGGGUCUCUUCCGGGCGGCUGUGCCCAGCGGAGCCUCCACUGGAAUAUAUGAGGCUCUGGAGCUGAGGGAUGGAGACAAGUCCCGAUAUUUGGGCAAAGGUGUCCUGAAGGCCGUGGAGCACAUCAACAAGACGAUUGUACCAGCUCUGCUAGAGAAGAAACUCAGUGUCGUGGAUCAAGAGAAGAUCGACAAACUGAUGCUGGAACUCGACGGGACUGAGAAUAAGUCUAAGUUUGGUGCCAAUGCCAUCCUGGGAGUGUCACUGGCCGUGUGCAAGGCCGGCGCAGCAGAGAAAGGAGUCCCCCUGUACCGACACAUCGCAGAUCUGGCUGGAAACCCAGAAAUCAUCCUUCCUGUGCCUGCCUUUAACGUCAUCAAUGGGGGCUCCCACGCAGGGAACAAGUUGGCCAUGCAGGAGUUCAUGAUUCUGCCAGUAGGAGCCUCCACCUUCCGUGAGGCCAUGCGCAUCGGAGCCGAAGUCUACCACAACCUGAAGGGCGUCAUAAAGGCCAAGUAUGGAAAGGAUGCCACCAACGUAGGAGAUGAAGGUGGAUUUGCUCCCAACAUCCUGGAGAACAAUGAAGCCCUGGAGCUCCUGAAGGCGGCAAUUGAAAAGGCUGGAUACCCCGACAAGAUUGUCAUCGGAAUGGAUGUGGCAGCUUCUGAAUUCUACCGGAAAGGACAAUACGAUCUGGACUUCAAAUCCCCCGAUGACCCAAGCCGCUACAUCUCCGGGGAAAAGUUGGGAGACCUGUACAAAAGCUUUAUUAAAUCAUAUCCAGUCGUCUCCAUCGAGGACCCUUUCGAUCAGGACGACUGGGAAAACUGGAAGAAAUUCUUGGCUUCUGUCGACAUCCAGGUGGUUGGAGAUGAUUUGACCGUCACCAACCCCAAGAGGAUCCAGAAGGCAGUGGAGGAGAAGGCCUGUAACUGUCUGCUCCUGAAGGUCAACCAGAUCGGCUCAGUCACCGAGUCAAUCCAAGCGUGUAAGCUGGCCCAGUCCAAUGGCUGGGGUGUAAUGGUGAGUCACCGCUCCGGAGAGACUGAAGACGCCUUCAUCGCCGACCUGGUGGUGGGACUGUGCACUGGACAGAUUAAGACAGGGGCCCCGUGCCGAUCAGAGAGACUCUCCAAAUAUAACCAGCUGAUGAGGAUCGAGGAGGAGCUCGGCGAUAAGGCUAAAUUUGCCGGCCGUAACUUCAGAAACCCCCGGGCUAAGUAAAGCAGCCGUCGCCCAGAAUCCUUUGCAACACUCACGCCAACGAGACUCCCUGCAGAGCUCAAAACACCAAGACCACCCCCAGCACGCCGAGCCUUUCUAAAGUGCCACGCAAGCCACGUGUCCCUUUAAUUCGCACACGCAUGUGUCUCGGGCUCGCCAAAUCCUUCCUGCGUAUCGAGAAAAAAAAUCACGGACACGUUUUUGGAAUAAAUCUCUAAACUGAG